GCUAACCUAAGGCCUAAAGGACAAAAGUGGUAUAUUUGAGUACAAAACAAACUUGGUAUUAAGUUUUAGUUUAAUGAAUAGGGAAUAAAUGGAGCUUAAAUAUUAGACAGUAGAGUCAAGAUAACAUAAAGGGAUAAAUAAUUCAUCUUUACUUUUCUUCCUGCACAAAGUAAAAUCACCCCAAUACUCUUGUAAAUAACAACAUUGUUUCCUUCCAGAUGUGCAAUCAUUCCUUCCUUGGGUCUUGGGAUAAAAGAACUUUUCAAUUGUGGAGAAAUGAAUGGAAGAUAUGUGACAAUCACAAAACCAGGGAGAGAAAAGGUUUUAUCAUUUUGUGAUCUGAAAGUUUUUGGAAAAUCCUCAAAUUCAAAAAACAAUGUUUUCCAUGAUUCCUCUUCUACUUUAUCACCUACUUCUGGUGAUGACCAACAUAUAACUGAUCAUGGUUCUUACUAUAAUUUUGAUCUCACAGAGAAUAAUUUUGCUCCAGUGUUAUCAAAAGGGAAACCUACCUUCCAGUCCAGCAUCUCCAAUCCCUUUGGAUCUCCUGAAAGAGCUGUAGAUGGGUCUCUCCUAAGUGAUUUUGAUGAAGGCAAUUGUAUUCAAACAAACAAAGAUAUUAAUCCAUGGUGGAUGGUGGAUUUGGGUUCAACAGAAACUGUGAAAUCUGUGGCAAUCACCCCUCGAAAAGAUUGUUGUACAGAAGAAUUAUAUGGAGCAUUUAUUUUAGUUGGGGAAUUGCCUGAAAAUGGUGGCAUUUUCAAUUCCAAAUGUGCAGUCAUUGGUUCCUUGAGCCGUGGAAAAACAGAGUUUUUCAGAUGUGGAACAAUGAGAGGAAGAUAUGUGAGUGUGAUCAGCCCAAAGAGAGAAAUAUUUCUAUCUUUCUGUGAAGUAAGAGUCUUUGGGAAAACAUCAGAUUUCAUCUCUCAUGAUGACCUACCUGUCAUUCCUCCUGUCACUUCAUUACCCAAGGCUAAUGAUGACACUGUCCUAACUGGUCCAUUACUUUCAGAACAAAGACCAACCUCACAGUCCAGUGCCUCCAUUCCUUCCCAGUCUCCUCAAAAACCUAUGGAUGGGUCUAUUCAAAAUGACUAUUGUGUUCAAACUCUCCAAGAGAAUGAUCCUUGGUGGAUGAUAGAUUUGGGUUCAACACAAACCCUAGGAUUUGUGUCAAUCACCAAUCGAAAAGAUUGCUGCCCUGAACAAAUAAAAGGAACCCUGAUUUUGGUGGGAGACUCAUCUCAUCAUGGUGGAAAGUGGAAUGCCAGAUGUGCAGUCAUUCCUUCCCUGGGUCUUGGGAUAAAACAUGUUUUCAGUUGUGGAGAAAUGAAUGGAAGAUACGUGACUAUCACAAAACCAGGGAGAGAAAAGGUUUUGUCAUUUUGUGAUGUGAAAGUCUUUGGAAAAGCCCGGAAUUCAGACAAUGUGUUCAAUGAUUUCUCUUCUACCUUAUCAUCUACUUCGGAUCAUGAUUCUUUCUAUAAUUUUGAUCUCACCGAGAACACCUUUGCUCCAGUGCUAUCAGAGGGAAAACCUGCCUUCCAGUCCAGUAUCUCCAGUGCUUCUGGGUCUCCUGAAAGAGCUGUAGAUGGGUCUCUGCUCAGUGAUUUUGAAAAAGGCACCUGUAUUCAUACACAACGAGAGUCUAAUCCCUGGUGGAUGGUAGAUUUGGGUCUGCAAGAAACUGUGAAGUCUGUGGCAAUUACCCCCCGAAAAGAUUGUUGUAUGGAAGAAUUAAAUGGAGCAUUAAUUCUGGUGGGGGAUUCUCCUCACAAUGGUGGCACUUUCAAUGACAGAUGUGCCAUUAUUGGUUUUCUUGGCCAUGGAAAAACAGAGUUUUUCAGAUGUGGGACGAUGAGAGGAAGAUAUGUGAGUGUGGUCAUCCCAAAAAGAGAAACGUUUCUGUCUUUCUGUGAAAUAAGAGUCUUUGGGAAAACAUCUGGAUUAAUCUCUCUUGAUGUUUCAUCAGUCAGUCCUGAAUCUCAGCCUUCAUCACCCAAAGAUAGUGAAGACACUAGCUCACUUGGUCCAUUACUUUCAGAACAAAGACCAACCUCACAGUCCAGUGCCUCCCUUCCUUCCCAAUCUCCUCAAAAACCUAUGGAUGGGUCUAUUCAAAGUGGCUAUUGUGUUCAAACCCUCCAAGAGAAUGACCCUUGGUGGAUGAUAGAUUUGGGUUCUACACAAACCCUAGGAUUUGUGUCAAUCACCAAUCGAAAGGACUGCUGCCCUGAACAAAUAAAAGGAACCCUGAUUUUGGUGGGAGACUCAUCUCAUCACGGUGGAAAGUGGAAUGCCAGAUGUGCAGUUAUUCCCUCCUUGGGUGCUGGGACAAAACAGGUUUUCAGUUGUGGAGAAAUGAAUGGAAGAUAUGUGACAAUAAUAAAACCAGGAAGAGAAAAGAUUUUGUCAUUUUGUGAUCUGAAAGUCUUUGGAAAAGCUUGGAAUUCCAACACCAAUGUGUUCCAUUAUUUCCCUUCUACCUUAUCACCUACUUCUGGUGAUGAUCAACAGAUAACCAAUCAUGGUUCUUAUAGUUCUUACUAUAAUUUUGAUCUCACAGAGAACAACUUUGGUGAGCAUAUUUUUUUUAUCGCAGUACAUCAAUGAUAUUUUGUUCACUUUCUUUGCUCAAAUUAGAUAUUGUUUAGGUAGCAAAAU